AUGUCUUCUCCUUCUCUGCCAUCAUCCUACAAUGAAGAAACAAUAGUCACCCAAAUUACCACAACCUAUAACCUCCUUCUCCAGCUGAGCUACUUCUCCCCUGAUCGCGUUACCUUUCCUCCCGAAGGGGGCCACAGCAUCAACGAAGAGCUAUGCCAUUCGCUUCAUAUCGCCCCGCAGGUAAUCUCCCUCAUGAAGAAGAUUCCCUACGUGGUAGAUGGCUACCAUAAGCCGAUUCUGUGGCAAUCGCGGGCCUUUGAAUACUUGCGCGAUGAAGAGAUCCGAAAAGGCCGCGAUCCGGAACUCACCGACGUCGCCGACGACGACGAGCUACGGUUGGACUUUUUGCGACCGUGGGAGGUGGCGCUGACUUGUUGGUUGGAUGAUGGCUUUUCAGUCAUUCUGGAUACCCAGUCAAAUACUAUUCGACUCAUUGAUGAAUCGGAACCGCCAGAAGAUGACUUCCGCGAGGAAUCAGAGGCACACAAUGCCCCUGCCUACCUCCAAAAGGUCAUUGAUGAUAUCCGGACUCUAGAGAUGGUGUAUUUCCCCGGGGGAGACAUUGGCUAUCUUCACCUGCCUGGAUCGUGGGAGCAGAUCGAAGUCAAGCGGGUUCUGACCGAGGAUUUCGGUUGGGGCGCGGAGUUCCGGGAGGAGGAUUGGCGACGAGAGGGAGAGGAGAUUUGUAAAGCGAUUGGAGACGAGGGUUUGGAUAGGGAGGAGGAGAGGCAGAGAGAGAUGCUACGGUGA